AUUUGCUUUUAGUUUAUAACUUAUGCAGGGUGCGCUCUAGUUAACGUGCAUGUGCAGUUCACUUUGAGGACAGCACUUCUGAUGAGGUAACAGAAGAUACCGGUAUUUUCCAAAACAGAAAAGGGAUGGUGGCAUCGUUCAACUUUGACCCCGUGCACACUGGAUGCUAAAAUGGCAGCGCUCACACCGCCGAAAACAACUCCGUCGUUGAGCCAAAAGCAACGACGUGCUGCACAGAGAAGAGAACGAAGGAAGAAAAAGCGUCAGGCACUUGCUAAAAUAAGGGAUUCGGAACAAACAGACUGUCAAGAGGAUGGAGACGUGUUGGGAGAUGGAGAGGAAGAGGUGGAGGACGAGGCAGAGGAUCAGAGGUUAGAUAUCAUCUAUUCUAUAUCUGGGCUGGGUAAAAAUUGGCAAAGACUACAUGAGCUGUGGCUUGAAAGAGAGCGAGCCGCCCAGGAGGAGUACAGGAUAAAGAAGGAAAGAGAGGACGCUGCGAAACGGAAGAAAGAAGAAGAGGAGAGAAGAAUAAAAGAAGAAUGGGAGGAAGAGCAACGGAAAGAGAGAGAAUCGAGUGAUCUGAAGCAGCAGGAGAGGAGAGACAGAGAGGAUGCUGCUCAGAAAAUGCUGGACCAAGCUGAAAAUGAGCUGGAGAAGGUAGGCUCAUGGAGGAACCCAGAGGCUCCAGCACAUGGAGACUUUGGCACGGAGAAGGACCGAGCCAACUGCCCCUUCUUCCUCAAAACCGGAGCCUGCCGAUUUGGGGAUAGGUGUUCCAGGAAGCACGAGCACCCUGCCUCCAGCACCACCCUGUUGGUCAAGGGGAUGUUUGUCCACUAUGGCAUGGAGCAGUGCAGACGUGACGACUUUGAUACGGACGCCAACCUGGAGUUCAGUGAGGAGGAGGUGUACCAGCAGUUCAGGGACUUCUAUGAAGAUGCCCUCCCUGAGUUCAAGAACGUUGGAACAGUUGUGCAGUUUAAGGUCAGCUGCAACUUUGAGCCUCAUCUCAGAGGAAAUGUUUAUGUUCAGUAUGCCACGGAAGAGGAAUGUGGCAAAGCCUUUGUGACGUUCAAUGGCCGAUGGUAUGCUGGACGACAGCUGCAAUGCGAGUUCUGCCCGGUAACCAGAUGGAAGACUGCAAUAUGUGGUCUGUUUGAUCGCCAGAGGUGUCCCAAGGGGAAACACUGCAAUUUCCUGCACGUCUUCCGGAACCCCACGAGAGAGUUCAUCAAGGCCGACCAGGACCUGCACCUGUCCCCGGACCGGGACGGCAGCUUCACGGGCCGCUUCUCCGAGCGCUCCUGGUCCCAGAGGAGCCACCACCACAGCCCGGACCGGCGCCCGUCGUGGAGACGCUCCAUCAGGCGAAGCCGCAGCCGAGACCGAGACAGGCGCAGCAAGAGUCGGGAAAGGAGGAGUCGCAGUCGCAGCAGAGAGAGCAGGGUAAGGGGGCGGCGAAGUCGGAGUGGCAGCCGCGAGAGUAGAACACGAGGACGGAGGAGUCGGAGUGGGAGCAGAGAGAGCAAGAGAUCAUUCCGCGAUGCCUACCGGAGAGGCAGUGUACAGAGUCAACGAUCCAGGAGAAGCAGCAGAAGCAGAAGUAGGGAAAGACAACGGUCCAGAAGCAGGGAACGGAACGGCGGUCGGAGAUCGAGAGAGGGGUCUCCGCUUAGAACACCCAGAUCUGAGUCCAAAAACGAAGAGGAACCGGCGAAGAAGAGCCGUAAGAAAGAUAAAAACGCCAAAGAAGACACAGCGGAUACCCCUCGGCGCCACAAACACUCAAAGAAAAGCAAAAAGAAGAGCAAGAAGAAGCACAAGCGAAAAAGUAGUAAAUCGCCAGAUUCUUCAUCUGCUGAAUCUGGCAAAGACACUGAGGACGAAAAGGACAAGAACGAUGACCAAUCAAUGUCAGUGCAAGAGGACAAGAAUGAUGAUCAAGUUCAACCAACUUCAGUGCAAGAUGAUGUAGGUGAUGAUUAUCUCCAUCGGUCACCACAUGAAGACUCAUAUAUGUGCCCUGCUUCUCCAAUAGAUGCAGAAAAUGCAAAUGAGUCUUCUAUCCUGAAGGAAAACAAUGCUUCAAUGGAGGCUCUUGGCGAGACUGAUGUGCAAACAGUACCUGUAGUCCCUGAUAUUCAGGAGAAACUUUUAGAAGAGGAAGUUUCUGAAGGACAUGAAAAUUGAAACAUUGUUUCUUCCCCCCUUCAUGAAACAGUUGCAAAUUGUCUGAAAUGUCCUAUGUGCCAAAUGCUUAGCACAUAGCAAGCACUGUGGAUUUGUGUUUAAUAGAUGUGCUUCUUUUUCAUUAAAUAUUUAAAAUUGA